AUGUGGAAUAUAACCUGUGGCAGCUCGACCCUCUCUACGAAAAUCUAUCUAUCUAUCUAUCUCACUCCGUCCAUAGAUAGAUAUGAUCUAUCUAUCUAUCUAUCUAUCUAUCUAUCUAUCUAUCUAUCUAUCUGUUCUUCUCCGUUCAUAUCUAUCCAUCUGUCUAUCCAUCUAUUACAGACAACGGCUGGUAUCCCGUCCCCACCGCCAGCGCCUCCGCGUUCUUCUUCUUCUUCUUCUUCUUCUUCUUCUUCUUCUUCUUCUUCUUCUUCUUCUUCUUCUUCUUCUUCUUUCUAUUUCUCAUCAAUAUUUUUUCUUUUCUGUCUUCCCGCCUUUCUUCCUCAUUUUCUGCUUUCUUUUUUAUCGAUCUCAUUUCUUAAUUUUUUUUUCCUUUCCUUACUUGAGUUUCUUUUUUUUAACAAUAUUAUUCUUUUUUUUUCUUUUUUUUUAAGCAACCUACUUUUUCUUCCGUUUUCUUUUCUUUUUCUUCUUCCCGUCUUUUUUUUUUCUAUUUCUUCUUUUAUUUUUCUUACUUCUUCUUCGUCAUAUUUUAUAAACGGCUUUAUUAUCUUUUAUUUUCUUUAA